AUAAGAAUGUGUGUCAGUGAUUCAGAAAGAGCUGAGUGGGGAUUAAACUGGACAGUACUAGACAGUAGAGAAGACACAACACAACAAUCAGCCAAACUUUUCCGUCAUCCGUCUGGAGACUGAGAAAGAUGAAGAGUUUGGCAAAACUUCAGGGCACCACAGAGCAACUUCUGAUGUCUUUAUCAAACACCCUCCCAUCUUUGACCAUAAAUAACCAGCAAUGGAUCCAGGAACAAAAUGAAGGGUGUCUUUUACUGGAAGAAAAACAGGGUUGUUCAAAGAAGGGUGCAGAACCAGAAAAUGAAAAGCAAAGCUGGAACCAAAGACUCGAACACAUACCUGAGGACAAAGACUCGUACACGUUGACAGGACUCAGCGAUGUCUCCUUGCCUCCAGAGGAUCCUCCGUCAGCCUCCGUCUCCACGGAUGACCUUUCUCCAAUCUCUCCCAGCAACCAUCAGCUUUUUUCCAGCAGACGAGCAUCUGCCACAUCCACCCGCUCCAUCAAGGCCUUCAAGAGGUGGCUGAGCAGCCCGGUUCGAAGGCUAAGUUUGGGAGGAGGAAAUAAGAGUCAGAGCUCAAAGGGCAUUCAGAGCCCAGAGGGGUCAACCUACAUGUUUCUUCCUCUCUCACCUGCUCAAAGCCCAUUGAGCCCAAUGGAGAAGUCCCAAAAACUGCCCCGCUCCUACAGAUCUCUGGACUGUAGUGAAUUUUCUGGAGAAACUUCUCCUGACAGUCCCUAUUACCCAAGAUACCUCAAUGAUCUCUUACAGAGAAAUCAGUCUUUUGAUGUUCAUACUGGGGAGAGACUUCCGUCUUUGACUGACAAAACACUCGCAGAACAAUCGCAGAGCCUGGAAGACAAUGAGCAGCACAGAAGAACCGCUUUAGAGAAAAGCAUAUAUGUGCUGACAGAGCUGAUAGAAACGGAGAAGCUGUAUGUGGAAGAUCUGGGGCUUGUUGUUGAGGGUUAUAUGCUUACAAUGAGAAGUGUUGGAGUGCCUGAGUAUUUGGAAGGAAAGGAUAAAAUUGUUUUUGGGAACAUUCAUCAGAUCUAUGACUGGCAUAAAGACUAUUUCCUUGGAGAGUUGGAGAAAUGUGUGUUUGAACCUGACCUGCUGGCACAGCUAUUUAUUAAACAUGAGAGACGGCUCAACAUGUAUGUUGUCUACUGUCAAAACAUGCCAAAGUCAGAGCACAUCGUCUCAGAGUACAUCGAAACUUAUUUUGAGGGUCUCAGGCAACAGCUGGGUCACAGACUGCAGUUAAAUGACCUGCUUAUCAAACCCGUUCAGAGAAUAAUGAAAUAUCAGCUGCUUCUGAAGGACUUCCUGAAGUACUACACUAAAGCAGGCAGACAAACCGAAGAUCUUGAGAGGGCUGUGGAGGUCAUGUGCUUUGUUCCAAAGCGAUGCAACGACAUGAUGAAUGUUGGACGACUUCAGGGUUUUGAGGGUCAGCUGAGAGCACAAGGGAAACUCCUGCAACAGGACACCUUUACAUUAAUUGAGAACGAGAACAGCAUCCUAUCGCGUCCCAAAGAGAGACGAGUGUUUCUUUUCGAGCAGCUCAUCAUCCUCAGUGAGCCAAUGGACCGCAAGAGAGGCUUUUCCCUGCCAGGAUACGUCUAUAAAAACAGCAUCAAGAUCAGUUGUUUAUCCAUUGACGAUUGCUGCCCAGAAGACCCCUGUCGACUGGUACUGACAUCUCGUAAUAUUGAUGGAAGUUUGCAAAGAUUCAUUCUCCGUGCAUCCUCCUCAGAGAUCAGAACGUCCUGGGCAAACGACAUCAUACAGAUGCUGGAGACACAGCGCAACUUCUUAAACGCCCUGCAGUCGCCUAUCGAAUUCCAGAGGAAAGAAAUCAAAUCCCUCAGUCUGGGAAAGAACAUGACAGCUUCAGCCUCACUGAACUCUGGCCUGCGACCCUACAGCUCUGCUUCUAUAGACCGUCAGACUCUGCCCUGCCUGCAGUCCUGGCAUUCCUCACAACCCUUGACGCCUCCCUGAAAGUCGCAAUGACUUCUGGGACUUCUUGAACGAGAUCGGUACUCAAGUCUGCAUCGGUGCAUCCUCGAUAUCAAGAACACAUCCCGGAAGUUUCACGCGUCCUCUGUUCUUGCGGUCUUGAGUAUUGGAACUGAACUUUGGCAGCUGAUGAUGACGUUACACGAGAACUCGAGGACGCAAGACCGCUGAAGAACACAUAUUGAGGAACAGCCUCAGUUCUGGAAGGCCGGUGUCCUGCAAAGUUUAGUUCCAACCCCAGUCAGGCACACCUGAGCUAGCCAAUCAAUCUCUUACUAGGAUUACUAGAGACAUCCUUGCAGGUGUGCGAGGCAAGUUGGAGCUAAAAUCCGCAGGACACUGGCCUUCCAGGACCAAGUUUGGACACCGCUGCACUAGAAACUUCCAGGCAGGUGUGUUAAAGGAAGUUGUAACUAAACAAUGCAGGAC